AUGAGCAUGCCGCAUCCAACCGCUCUGACGUCAGUACACGCGGCGUCGUUGCCACAUUUUUUACCGAGUCCUGCCUUGGCUUCUCCCGUUGGUUCAUCUUCUUCGCAACCGGGAAUGGGAGUAAGCAACCCGCCUUGUUCCACGCUCUUCGUGGCCAAUUUGGGACAAUUCGUGUCUGAACACGAGCUCAAAGAAAUUUUCGCAAGCUUCCCUGGCUUCUGCCGCCUGCGCAUGCACACCAAAGGUGGAUCCCCAGUCGCCUUCAUGGAAUACCAGGACGUGAGGUGCGCUGCACACGUUAUGGCAGCCCUGCAAGGCUCCUUUCUUCUCUCUUCGGAUCGCGGGCCCAUCCGAAUCGAAUACGCCAAAAGCAAAAUGGCUGCAGAGGGAACAAAAGGAGAAGAAACUGGACAAUCUUAA